AUUGUCACGUUGUCACUUCUUUAGUUCAGUUUGUCGAUUACAAAAUAAAAUGUCCAGCGAAUAUGAAAAGUUGCGUUUGCAAAACCUUGCUGACAAUCGUCGAAUUUUAGCAGAGAUAGGACUUAUUAACCCUUUCAAACCUCUUGGCCGUGUCAUUAAAAAGGGAAUCAAGCGCAAGUCUUGUUUUGACGUGUCAAAAAACUCGAGACCAAAGAAGAGACUUGCGGUGGAAGUAGAUCUUGAAAACUCUGGAUCAAUCCGAGGUUCCCGACGCCGCUCCGCUCGCAUCAGUGGAAAGCCAGUUGGUACAGCAGAGCUGCAGGAUGAUUCUGAUGACGACAACGACAAACCGAAGGUUGUCAAGGAAAAGAGACCUCACACAUACGGACCUAUUCCAGGUGUUGAGGUUGGAACCGUGUGGCAGAUGAGAGUAGAGUGCUCUAGUGCUGGCAUUCACAGACCAACUGUUGCUGGUAUUCACGGGGGACCUGAAGGUGCUUAUUCCAUUGCUUUGUCUGGUGGCUAUGCCGACAACAUUGACCUUGGAGAGUGUUUCACCUACACUGGAGAAGGUGGUAGAGAUUUGAAAGGAACACGACAGAACCCAAAGAAUCUAAGGACUGCUCCCCAGUCGAAGGAUCAAACCCUGUCGAGAGGUAAUUUGGCACUGAAGACGAGCGUUGAUACCGGUCGCCCUGUGCGCGUCAUUCGAGGUUACAAACUUGAUAGUCCAUUUGCACCUGAGGAAGGCUACAGAUAUGAUGGAAUUUACACGGUUGAGAAGGCGUGGUACACAACAGGUCUGUCAGGGUUUGGUGUGUGGAAGUUUGCCUUGCGACGAUGUAGUGACCAGCCCUCACCACCAUGGGAGUUGGUUCAGAGCAAUAAAACCGUGAAGGACGACCUGCCUGACUCCCAGGAUUCUGGAGUUGGUUCAGACACUGGGAAUUCUGAAAAACUGUCCGACCAAUCAGACAGCGAGCAGUCUGGAUCUCCCCGCCAAUCAGAUGAUGAGGAAUCAAAUGUGGGAUCUCAACCGACUGACCAAUCAGAGGACAGGUUACAUUCUGACAACCAGUUGGAUUUAAAGAACUCUAAUUGUGCUGAUCAAGAAUCAAGUUCUCAAGCUCAUUUGAAUGAUGCAAAGUCCGAUUCUGCUGAUCAGUCAGAUGAUCAAAAUAACUCUUCUGAGCUGAUAAAAUAGUGAUGUAUCAAAUUCUGCCAGUGGCUAAAUUGGAAGAAAAUUUGAAAAAGUUGAAAUGACUUAUAUCCCAUCCCAUUCUCCAACAAAAAUGUAGUUUUUUUGUAAAUAAUUUAAGUUUGGUUUAACAUAAGAAGAAAAUUAAAUGUGUUUUGGAAAUAACAAAAAAAUACUGUUUUUGUGUCCAAUUUAGAAAACAUUUGGGUCAAAAAUAAAUAACUUGUAGUAAAUUCCAUAGCAUGAAAAAAGGUGUUCCCUGUGGGAUGGACUAUGGUUUUAUUAGUACACUGGGUAAAAAUAACAACUAAACCUGAAAUACUAAAUCUGGGGUUUUUUAUGAAUAAAAGGUAAAAUGGAAAAAUUAAAUAAAUGACUUAAAUGUGUACUUUGGCAUAGAUUUUUUGUUUAUAGUAUAAACUGGGAGGUGGGGGAAUUCAAGAUAUAUAUAUAUUAUUGUAAUUAUCUGGCAUGAAAGAUAUGUUUGAAAAAAGCCAAACACAAAGUAAACAAGUUGAGUUUGAUGAAACUGUUUCCUAGUUGUGACUAAUGUUGUUUGAAGAAAAAAAAGUUGAAUUGAAUCAUGCAAGAAAGUUAAUUAAAAAUUGUUUUAUUACAGUGUAUGUUUGAAUGAACUGGAAAUCAUUGUCCAGGAAUUUAAAGAUUACACUUUUUUCAUGAAAUUGUUUUUUUUUUUAUAAAAUUAGUUAGUAUUUUACGAACACACUGCUUUAUUUUACAUGUACUCUUAACCACACAAUUAAAGCCAUGGAUUGUAGUUUUAGAGGAACAUGCUUUUCUAUUUCAUAUAAAAUUAAUUUUUAGCUUUUUUUUUUAACACAAAGACAACAAUUAAUACAUUAAAUUUGCCAAAAUUAAUAAUUUAAUUAAACUUGUAAGUAAUAUGUGUCAGUAAAUUAUAAAAAAAAAUAACAACAAAAAAGGCUGUACUAGUCAAAAUAAAAGUAGAGCACAUUGAUGUAUUAAUCAUCGGCUAUUGGAUGUCAGACAUGCUACAUUUUUCCAUUUGUAGCAAGUGAUCGUUUAUAUGCACCAUCUCAUAGACAGGAUAGCACAUACCACAGUCUUU